UCGGACACCUCAACCCUUCCCAAAACAGCCUUAUCUGCCUAAUACAGCCGCCACUUUACAAGUAUACAAAGCAUACACUCAUAAUUCACCAUUUUACCACGAGCAACCCGCCAUCGAAGUUUACGAGAGCGAUGUAAAAGUCGCCACAGACCACCAAACUUCUAGCGGCGGUUUAAGAAAACACAAGCGAGAAGAAACCCACGGAGGGCGGGAGGAAGGGAAAGCCAGAUGGGUGUUUCCUCUCCGACCGAGGAAGGAUUGAAGUAGUGAGAAAUAAUUCAUUAAACAGCGUGAGAUUUUUAAACACGUUAAAGUUUAUGAUCGGGUCUAAAGAGUCGCGAUGUCAAGAUCGGGUUUCCGAUAAAAGCCUGUCCGUGAUAGAAAGUCAUCUCUCUCCAACGGAUGGAGGAGGAUCCAGACAGCAAGAGGCAGAAUGAGAGGACCAGUGAUGACCCCUCACCCUGUGACCAGGGGACCAAACAACACAGCCAGGACGCCCCCUUGGGUGAUCACGACCUACCCAUCAUGCAUUGGGAGGAUUUGAGUUUGAGAAUUGCAGAGCUAGAGAGGCAGGAGGAGGAACGAAGGACGAAGAGUCUGGAUUUACCGGAGCGAGACAGAGUGCUUGGAUCAUGGACAGAAUCAAAGCACCAUUCUCUCCACAGGGAGCCAUGGCCAGACGACGAAGACUACAGUCCCUGCCGCGUCCCUGUCGUAACGCCACGGUUUAAUAGCCCUAAAAAUCUCCAGCUUUGUUUCAUCAAUAACAGUGAAAGCGAAGGCGAUGAUGAAGAAGGGGCAUCCAGCAAAGAGGCGUUUUAUCAUCAGAGCUCGUGUGAGGCAGAGGUACGGGGGAGUUACUCUCCGGGCCUAAAACAGGAAGUGAGAAUCGCACUCAGGUCUCUCAGAGACAAGCUGUUGGCCGAACAGAAAGACACAGAGCAAGAAACACACAACAACAUUAGCAUACGAAGAAAAAUUCUCAGCCUUUCUGAUCUUCAGACGUGUUCCUUGCUACAACUAAAUGCACUUGGGACCUCACUGAAUGAAGAUAUUCAGGAUCUGAGCUCAGAACUGGUGAAACAUCUCGUAAUAAGGGACCACCUUCAAACUAAGCAAGAUGCUUUGCUCCUGGACGUACAGGAUUUGACAUCUUUUUGAAAGAUCGUUGUUUGCAGCACUGAGUGAAUUGCGGUUCAACGUCGGCACUCUCUGAAAGCAGUCAUUUACUGUUACUCAUCCUGUGGACUAACAACGACCAGAAUAUCCUGUUCAUUCUUGAAUAAAUGUAGCACUCUCUCACACACACACACACACACACACACAUAUAUAUUUUUGUUUAUCAAAAUGUGAGUCACAUUGUUUAGAGUCACAAGUUUUAUUGUGAAAGCUUGGCCAUAUUAACAAACCCUUACGGCUCUGAUUCAUGUCAUAUCACCUGUGGUUAAAUUUUCGCUUGUAUGCAUAAAAGCUGCUGUCAAAGCCAUAUGUGAUCAAUAACUGUGAUGUAUUAAUCGUUGGUUAUAUUAAGCAUUCCAUGGAAAUACAGUGUAAGUAAUUAUCAUGAGAAUAUUAACAGCGUGAUGCUGUCAGUCAUGAAUGUGCCUUACAAACUUUGUAUUAAACUAGGUAGAAAGAAAUAUAUCUCAGUGCUAAAUAUUUACAUUAUUUAAUAAAUCAUUUAUUUUAUAUGA